UGCUGAGAAAAUGAAUCUUGACCAGUUCUUUCUCCUGGUAUCGGUUUGUGUCUCCCUUCUAGUGGGCACGGCCACUCCUUCCGCCCGGAACUUGUUGCAGUUCAGUAACAUGAUCAAAUGCACCAUCCCAGGCAGUGACCCACUGAAGGAUUACAGCAACUAUGGAUGCUACUGUGGCUUUGGAGGCAGCGGCACACCGGUGGACGAACUGGACAAAUGCUGUCAGAUUCACGACUACUGCUACAUCCUGGCCGAGGAGCAUCCUAAAUGUAGAUUCCUCGUGGACAACGCUUACACGAAGACCUAUAAAUACAACUGUUCUGGUGGUGAUAUCACCUGCACUGAUGAGGAGGACGAAUGUGCUGCAUUUAUUUGCAACUGUGACCGCAGCGCAGCCAUCUGCUUUGCGGGGGCUCCAUACAACAAGGAAUUCAGGAAACUGGACACGAGCAAAUACUGCUCCUGACGCACGGGUUGCACCAGCGCAUGUAACUUGGCUCACUCACGCCAAGUCCCUGGGCACUGGGUCUUAAACAUUCCUUCAUGUUUA